AUGAAUUAUUCUUCUUCAGGUACAGCACCAGUGAAUGAUUUUAUCAAUUUUGAAGAUACGUGGAAUUAUAAACUGCAACCGCACAAUACACCACUUCUUCAAGAACCGUUGGAAAAUCAUAUUCUUCCAGCAACUUACGAAUAUGAGAAGGAUCUCAAAGUGUACUCUCUAGAAGAUAAGAACGAUAAGACAGUUUUUAGGGUGGCCAAGAAAAUUGGAAGUGUGGUAAAAGAAAGGGUACCAUGUGGAGUAUGUCAAUUAGGCGUUGGGCUGCUUCAAACCGAGGUGAAGAAAGGAUCGUCUUUUGAUUCAAUCAAAGCACAAUUUGUCGGCUUAUGUGUUUCAUUCAAAAUUGAAAUUGAAAAAGUUUGCGCAGGAUUUUUUGACGUGUUUGCUCCUGAGCUGCUUCCUGCGUACAAUGCAUCAAAUUUAGAUCCAGCUGACACUUGCAGCUUGAUAUUUGGCGAACCUUGUGGUGAAAUCAAGAACGCUGUGCACCAUCAAUGGAACAUCGACAUUCCUAAGAAGCCCAGGCAAGCUACAAAUCAUGUUACAUCUGUGAAGCCAGGUUUACCAAUAUUCAAAGUCCUACACAUAUCCGACACCCACCUUGAUCCUGAAUACGAAGUAGGUACCCCAGCAAAUUGUGAAGAACCCCUUUGCUGCCGAAAUUACAGCACACCUUCUGCCAAAGAAACAACAAUUUUAUCAGGAAGGUGGGGAUCCUACGACAAAUGCGAUGCACCAAGGAAUCUAAUCGAAAAUAUGUUGAAAAAUAUAGCUCUACAACACUGGGACAUCGAUUACAUUAUUUGGACUGGCGAUUUACCACCACACGAUAUAUGGAAUCAAACUAAAGAGGGUAACCUGGAGAUCAUUAAAGAAACGGUCCAGCAGAUGUUCAACUAUUUUCCUAACGUUCCUAUUUUUCCGGCUAUUGGAAAUCACGAAUCUGUACCAGCUGGGAAUUUCGCACCACCCUGGAUGAACACUGAUGACCAUUCUGCGAACUGGCUCUACCAAACUAUGGCUGACCAAUGGAGAAGAUGGCUGCCAUCUUCAACUGGGAAUACGGUUUUACAUGGAGGAUUCUAUUCAGUUCUGCUCAGACCGGGUUUCAGGCUGAUUUCUUUGAAUACAAACUAUUGUCAUACGCUUAGCUGGUGGUUGUUGGUAAACAGCACAGACCCGGGCAAGGAACUAAAAUGGUUGAUACAUGAAUUGCAAAACGCCGAAGACAAUGGAGAGAAGGUACAUAUAAUAGGCCACAUUCCACCAGGAAGUUUCGACUGUAUGAAGACUUGGUCCAGCAACUUCUACUCUAUCGUAGACCGUUUCCAAGACACCAUAGUUGCCCAGUUCUACGGGCAUAGCCACGCUGAUGAGUUCGAAUUGUUCUAUGAAACGCAGAAAUACAGUCGACCAAUUGCUGUUGCGUACCUCGGUCCCUCGGUCACAACUUUCGAAAAUUUCAAUCCUGCCUACAGGGUUUACUAUGUAGACGGGGAUCGACUCAAUUCUACUAGG